UUUCGAAAUUUUCACUCUUUAUGCGAUACAUUCAGGAGCCAUAUACCUACCAAAGUGAAUUGUUGGUUUUGCCAACAUGACCAACGAGUACCUUAUGAUCAGAGAAACUCAUUUAUAUGCUCAAGUUGUGAACAGUAUAAUGGCUUUGAUGCAUCUGGAGGAUACAACCGAAAAGUACCUGGACAACAAUGCGUAGUUGCUGCAAAACUCGAGACUAGAUACUGCACCCCUUCAAAAACUGCUUUCACACGACCAGAUGUUGUACCCAAAGAAGGCUAUGGUAGUAAUGGACUCUGUGAUCAGUGCAAUCGACAGCAAGAAAUCAUUAUGAAGAAAAUAGCUGACUUUGAGCCAUUGAAUGAGGAUCGUUGGAAUGAAGAGCUAGACGACUAUCGGUACAAGCUGAACAAGAUAUAUCCUCUUUGCUCGUCCUGUACAUUCUAUGCUCAAAAGAAAAUGCAGGAAGAAAAGGUUAGCUCAGAUCUAGAAGACGACAAAGAUGGGAUUAGAACACCGUGCAUAGAGUGUAAUUGCAAACAUUUUACAAGCCAGAUAACCAAGAAAGCGUGAUU